CCGCCGUGGCGCCUCCGAUGGCGAUCACCGUCCCAUCCCAUCACACCCCAUCUCGCCAUCGGCCUUGGUCGAUCGUCGCCGCUCCCAUCGGCCGUGCACGAUCACAAUCACCAUCCUCCCGCUGCCAUGUCGCACUCCUCGGCCUCGCAUGACGACGACGAGCUCUUUGGCUCGCCCGCGCCGUCCUCCCCUCCCUCGUCCCCGUCGCGAACCGCUGACCCUGCUGAUCAAGAUCCGCUCUCGAGCCCAGCCUCUUCUCCCCUGCCCCCGCCGCCUCGACUCUCCAAGCUCGACUCGGACGCUCUCUCGGACCUCGACAGCGGCAGCGACGCCGAUCUUCCGCGGCCCGGACGCAUCCGACGGGACAAUGGUCAAGCUGGCUCGAGCGAUAACGACGGCGAGCACGAUGGCGAGGGCAGUGACGAGCAUCUGCUUGGCAGCCUGGACGAGUUAUCCGAGGACGAAUCGUCAAAGAAGACUCGGAAGCGUCAUGACGAGAACGCUGUCGCCAUAGAUGUGCCCAGCAUCGGAUCCGCUACCGGCUCCGGGUCCACGAUUUUCUUGGCCAAGCUGCCAAACUACAUUGACGUUGCUCCGAAGCCCUUCACUCGAGAAUCGUAUAUCGAUUCCAUUAAAUCGCACACCGAAGAGAAGAUCGAUGACGAGAUGCUCUACCGCCUCAGGAUUGAGAAUACCAUUCGGUGGAGAUAUGAAGGCAAAACCGAGGACGGGACGCCGUUGAUGGAAUCCAAUGCUCGACUCAUUCGCUGGUCGGACGGCACUUUUUCGAUGCUGCUUGGUGAAGAAAUGUUUGAUGUCGACAUCAAGAAUAUCGAGAACGAGCAUCAAUACCUGGUUGCCAAGCUCGAUGAUCCUGACAUUCUGCAGACCCAGGCGCGCUUCGGAAGCAUGAUGACCCUCAAGCCCACAUCAAUGGGUGCCUCAACUCAUAGGAAGCUCACCAUGGCCGUGGCCAACAAGCAUAAGAAGGAGGGCCGCAUCAAAUUUUCCACAGCUGGAGUGGCACCGACUCUCCUCAUUGAGCAGCAGGAGCAGGCCGAGGCCCUCAGGAUCAAGGAGCGAGCCAAGAUUCGGAGGGAAAAGGAGCGGUCCUCGGAUAAAUUCAGGGGAGAUGAAGGCUAUGGUCGCGAUAGUCUCAGGUCAUCGGGCUCGUUCUUCCGGUCCAAAAGCGGCUAUCACGAUAGCUACGAAGACAGCUACGGACGAUCGACAAUGAACAACGAAGAAUACGACGAUGGCGAUGGCUUUGUUGUCCAGGACCACGACGACGAGGACGAUCGCCGCGACGCUCGACUCCAACAGGCCAAAUCCGGAAAGCCCGGCUCCUCGCGACGCCAUACCUUUACGUCUUCUGAAGACGAGAUGUCAUUGGAUGGCAGCGACGAGGAUGGCGACGAUGGUAACGAGAGCGAAGACCCCGACCGCGAUCAUAAACGAAGCAGCCGAAAUAGUGACUUUGAUCGCAAAUCCAAGAGGCACAAGCGCGAGGGCGUGGACCGCGAUCGUGAUUCAAACCGCAGCCGUGGUCAAAUCCGUGACGAUGACGAGAAUGGAAGCGACCAAAGCAGCCGAUCGCCCAGGUCACCAGCUGCGCGGUACGACGACGACGAUGAAGACGAAGUCGAAAAGAUUGUGCGCAGAAGCUCGAACAAUAAGCGGCAGGUUGUCGAGAGUGACGACGACUGAGCGACGACAACAGGCCCUCCUCGGCUGCCCCGGCGAUUCCAUGGAGUAUUGGGAUUAUCUGCACCAACGAGUGCUGCAGACAUGACUCAAGCGUUAAAUCAGUCGCGAUACAUCGCCUACAGUGAGUCAGAACCCACGAGGCCAAACAGAUCGAGCUUGUGGGUGAGCGCGAGGUGCUGACAUCCAGAGGAUGAAGAACAAAAGUUACAGCCUUGGAGAAAAUCCUGAAUAAAUACUCGGUCUCCGACCUACUCGAUAGCGCACUCAGGAACUUGGGGAAAUGUAUGAUUUGCUGUAUGUGAUUUGUGACGAUCAUGUCGGUGGCAAGGAGCGUCCGAAAACA